AUGUCAGUCAAGCGACCUACUAUGUCGUUGGGUACCGUCCUGGUGGUCGGUGGUUGCGGGUUUCUAGGCUGGCAUAUUGUCGAUCAGUUGCUCAAUUUUCCGUCGGAGACCGACCCCAGUGUUGCCCUCCCCAAACCGCAAGGAGACGCUCGAUUCGAAUACCCUCUUUUGAAAGACCGAUACCCCAGAAAUAUCGCGAAGGUCGCGGUGGUGGAUCUGCGGACGUCCAAGAAUCGGUUGCCUGGCGCAGAGUAUCAUGAGGGCGAUAUCACAUCGGUGGAGUCCAUGUUGACCGUAUUCCGCGCGGUCAAGCCUGACGUGGUUAUUCACACUGCAACACCAUCAGUGUUAGAUGCUAGCAAGGAAAUGCUGCACAAAGUCAAUGUGAAUGGAACCAAGACGUUGGUGGAGGUCGCAGGCGGAGAGCAUGGUGACUGGGGUGGAAAGUGCAAGGCUUUCGUAUACACCAGUUCGUCCUCUGUCGUGCAUGACACACAGAGCAACCUGAUCAAUGCUACUGAGGAAUGGCCUCUUAUUAGAGGAGAGCGCCAGCUGGAGUACUACUCGGAGACAAAGGCCGAUGCGGAAGAGCUGGUCUUGAAGUACAACCGCGCAUCACCUUCUUCGAUGUUGACCUGCGCCCUCCGUCCUGCCGGUAUCUACGGAGAGAAGGACACCACAUUCACCUACAAAAUCCUGGAACACUCGGCCAAGGCUUCCCCGACUGUCCUACGAAUGCAACUCGGCGAAAAUAACAACCUCUUCGAUUUCACCUACGUGGGCAACAUCGCAUACUCCCACAUGCUAGCUGCGUUCCGUUUAUUGGCGACCAAGGAACGGCUCGAGUCUGGCCAGGGUGAACUGCUAGACAUCGAGCGAGUCGAUGGAGAGGCGUUCAACAUUACCAAUGACUCUCCGGUUUACUUCUGGGACAUGACACGCGCUGCCUGGGCAUUGACUGACAAGGUCGUUGAGCCUGAGCAAGUGUAUGAACUUCCAGAGUCGAUCCUGGGACCCGUGGGUGGUAUCGCAGAAACGGUGCUGGGUUUGUUCGGCAAGACACCACGUCUCACCAGACGUACUGUGCGGUACUCGUGUAUGACACGAUACUACUCGGCUGACAAGGCCAAAGUACGACUUGGAUAUUACCCCAUUAUCCCGGUGGACGAGGGUCUUGCUCGAGCAGUUGGGUACGUCGUUGAAAGCAAUCGCUUGGAAGCGCAGAAGAAAGGACUGUAA